AUGUUGGAACUACCUCGUAUAACGAGAGCUCUAAGAGCACAUACACAAUUAGAUAAACCUCGUUGUCUUAAACCUUCAAGUAACUUCAAAAUUGGAAAUCAAUUUGUGCAUCAAAAAAGUCAAAAAAGGUACAAGAGUUUUAAAGACAUUUAUAACUUUGUGAAAGAAAAUGAACCAAACUAUGACUACUUGUUGAAAUGCCUUAAUGAUCUCAAAGAGUCUUGUAAAGUUUUAACUGGUGAUCAGCCUGAUGAAAUGGUAGAAGAUGCUGCAGUACUCACACUCAGAAUGUUUUUGGAUCAGGACAUUGUUAUGUUAAAACAUUUGUCUCAACUUCGUCAAACAUUCGGAACAGUCCUCUCAAGUACAGCUAAUAAAAUUUGUGAGGUUGUCGCAAAAAUUUCUGCUGACAUAACAGAAGACACUAAAGAAUACAUCAGGAAGGAAAUUAAUGAGGAAAAUAAAGAAAACACUAAGAUCUGGGGAGAUCACAUACAAUGCAACUAUAUUCCAUAUAAGCCAGCAAAGAAACCUCUCACUAAGUUAACCAAAAAACCUGCUACUGCAAGUGCAUUUGUGACAGAUUUUUCCAUGAAAUAUACUAAUAACAAUUUUAACACAAACAAUGCUACUGUUCCAAAUCCCCAGCUAGAAUCUAAGUUCGGGAAAACCUGGUUGGAGACAAAAGUGCAAGGGCUUUACAACAAUGAAGGUGGUAUGUCUAGUGCAGACAUUCUGCAAUCUAUAAUAACGUUACUAAACUCGCCAACAAGCAAUGAUGAAAUGCAAAACGACCUCUUCGAACUUCUCGGCUUCGACAAGUUUGAAUUUAUUCAGGAGAUAUUGGAGCACAGACGCGAGAUUAUCGAUAGCUUAAAGGCACCACCACCACAGCCAACAAUAUCAGAAAUUGCAGCUUUACUGCCAGAGAACAAAAUGCCCCAAUACCUAUGUCAAGUGUCAGUUUUAUCCGAGCAAGAGAAAAUGUUAGCAAAGCUUGUGCGAAAGGAAGAGAAGAAAGCUAGGAACGCUAAAAAAGUAGAAGACGACGAAGAAGAACAAGAACUGAAUAUUGCUCAACUAAGGGCGAAGAGAAUAGCAGAACUAUCCAAGCCGGUGGUGCCAUUUUCUACGUCCAAAUCUGCGAGUAAAAUAGAUCCAAUACUGCAGAAAAUAUCAUAUUUCCAGACCAAAGUACAAUAUCCGAAUGUCUACGAUUCGUCUAUAGAAGCCAAAAAUUCUGCUGGUUUCGUGUCAGGCCUAAAACUGUUGCUACCAGAGAACGCAAUCAGAAAGGAUAACAAGGAGUACGAAGAAGUUAUCAUACCGAAGAACGAGCCGCCACCGUUGCAAAUCGGGAACAAACGCGUACCGAUUUCAGAUUUGGACGAGAUCGGCCAAAUGGCCUUCGAGAACAUCAAGGAACUGAACCGCAUACAGUCGGUCGUGUUCCAAACCGCGUACAACACUAACGAGAACCUCCUAAUAUGCGCGCCCACUGGUGCCGGGAAGACCAACAUUGCCCUGCUGACUGUGGUGCACCAGAUCAAGCAGCACAUCGAGAAUGACGUCAUCAUGAAGAACAAGUUCAAAAUCAUCUACAUAGCGCCUAUGAAGGCGCUCGCUUCCGAAAUGACGGCCAGCUUUGGGAAGCGUCUACGCGGCUUGGGAAUAUUGGUGCGGGAGCUCACGGGCGACAUGAAGCUGACGAAGGCAGAAGUGCAGCAGACCCAGAUGAUAGUUACCACGCCCGAAAAGUGGGACGUCGUCACUAGGAAGGGGGCGACCGAUACCGAGCUGGCCUCUAUCGUGAAACUCCUAAUCAUCGACGAGGUCCAUCUCCUGCAUGGAGACAGGGGCCCGAUCGUGGAGGCGAUAGUGGCAAGGACCCUGAGACAGGUCGAGUCCACGCAGAACAUGAUUAGGAUCGUAGGGCUGUCGGCAACGCUGCCCAAUUACGUUGAUGUUGCCAGAUUCCUGCGAGUGAACCCAAACAUCGGCCUGUUCUAUUUCGACUCCCGUUUCCGACCAGUGCCGUUGGAGCAGCAGUUCAUCGGAGUUAAAGACGUGGGCAGCGGCGGCGGGGCUCACCUCAGACAAUUGCAAACGAUGAACGAGAUAUGCUACGAGAAGGCGGCCGACAUGGUGCAGAAGGGCCACCAGGUGAUGGUGUUCGUGCACGCGCGGAACGCCACCCACCAGACGGCGACGGUGCUGAAGGAGCUCGCCCAGAAGAAGGGCCACCUGAAGCACUUCGAGCCGGAGGACUCGGGCGGCUUCCUGAAGGCCAAGAAGUCGAUCAGCACCAGCCCCAACAAGCAGCUGGCCGAGCUGUUCGCCAGCGGCUUCGCGUGCCACCACGCCGGGAUGCUGAGGAGCGACAGAAACAUGGUUGAAAAGUAUUUCGCAGAGGGCUACAUAAAAGUUUUAGUUUGUACGUCCACUUUGGCGUGGGGCGUUAAUCUGCCAGCGCAUGCCGUUAUAAUAAGGGGCACGGAGAUCUACGACCAGAGCCGCGGCACGUUCGUGGACCUGAGCAUCCUGGACGUGCUGCAGAUCUUCGGGCGCGCGGGCCGGCCGCAGUUCGACAGCUCCGGCACGGGCGUCAUCAUCACCGCCCACGACAAGCUCACCCACUACCUCAAGUCCAUGACCAACCAGUUCCCCAUCGAGAGCAACUUCAUCAACCUCCUCGCCGACAACUUGAACGCCGAGGUCGCCCUCGGCACGGUCACUAACAUCGACGAGGCGGUCGAGUGGCUUAGCUACACGUACCUGUUCGUACGGAUGAGGAUCAAUCCGCAGGUGUACGGGCUGACGUACAGCGACGUGCAAGAGGAGCCGAUGCUGGAGAGCAAGCGGCGCGAGCUGAUCACGGCGGCCGCGAUGCAGCUCGACCGCACCCACAUGCUGCGCUACAACGAGCGCACCGGCGACCUCAACGUCACAGACUUGGGGCGUACCGCGAGCCACUACUACAUAACUUGCGAGACCAUGGAGGUGUUCAACUCGAUGGUGCGCAAAUCCAUGACCCAGGGCUACGUGCUGGAAAUGCUGACCAGGUGUUCCGACUUCCAGCAGCUAAAGGUGAGAAAAGAGGAGUUGUCAGAGCUGUGGAGCCUGAAGGACCAGUACUGCGAGCUGCGAAUAGACGACGCCCCCGAAGACAUCCAUUGGAAGAUCAACAUCCUGCUGCAGACCUAUCUCUCUCGCGGACGCGUCAACGGAUCCUCGCUCCAGUCCGAUCUGAACUACAUCAGUCAGAACGCGGUGAGGAUAGUGCGCGCCCUCUUCGAGAUAACACUGCGCAAGAACAACGCGUACAUGGCGGGCCUGUACCUGAAAAUGGCGAAGAUGCUGGAGUUGCAGCUGUGGGACUUCUACAGCGACAUGCGCCAGUUCAACUGCUUCCCCAACGAGGUGCUGAAGCACAUCGAGUACCCGAUGCUGAAGCCAGACCAGAUCAGGGACAUGGAUUGGAAGGAACUUGGCGACCUGCUGAGGAAUCCGAAGGCGGCUCGCCACAUGAGGAAGUGCGCCGACGAGUUCCCGCUGCUGGAGAUGGCGGCCAGCCUGCACCCCAUCACGAGGACAGUGCUGAGGAUCCGGCUGACCAUCACGCCCAACUUCAAGUGGAACGACAAGUACCACGGCAAAGCCCCCGAAGCAUUCUGGAUUUGGGUCGAGGACCCGGACACCGAUAUCAUGUACUACCACGAAUACUUCCUCAUCACCAAGAAGCAGGUCAUCACAAACGAGCCGCAGGAGUUGGUCAUAACCAUUCCUAUAUCGGAGCCUUUGCCGCCACAGUAUUACAUCAGAGCAACAUCAGAAAGGUGGUUAGGCUCCGAAAGCGUGCUGCCUUUGACGUUCCAACAUUUGAUAUUGCCCGAGACUCAUCCACCGCACACAGACCUGUUGGAGCUGCAGCCGCUGCCGGUGACGGCCCUGAACGACCCCUCGUACGAGAUGCUGUACAGCUUCACGCACUUCAACCCGAUCCAAACGCAGAUCUUCCACUGCUUGUACCACACGGACAGCAACGUGCUGCUCGGCGCGCCCACCGGCUCCGGCAAGACCAUUGUGGCGGAGGUCGCCAUGUUCAGGGUGUUCAACCAGUACCCUGGAUGCAAGGUCGUGUACAUCGCGCCGCUGAAGGCGCUCGUGAAGGAACGCGUCAAGGACUGGAAGGUACGUCUGCAGGAGAGGCUCGGCAAAAACGUCGUGGAAUUGACAGGCGACGUCUCGCCCGACAUCCGAGCGAUCCGCAGCUCGCACGUGAUAGUGACCACGCCGGAGAAGUGGGACGGGAUAAGCCGCUCGUGGCAGACCAGGAAUUACGUGCGUGACGUCGCCCUGGUCGUCAUCGACGAGAUCCACCUACUUGGGGAAGACCGGGGCCCCGUGCUGGAGGUGAUCGUGUCGAGGACGAACUUCAUAGAGUCUCACACCUCGCGGCGUCUGCGCAUAAUCGGCCUGUCGACUGCCCUCGCCAACGCCAAGGACCUCGCCAACUGGUUGAACAUCGGCGAAUUGGGAUUGUACAACUUCAGGCCAUCAGUUCGUCCCGUGCCUUUGGAGGUGCACAUUUCGGGCCACGCGGGGCGCCACUACUGCCCGCGGAUGAUGACCAUGAACAAGCCCACCUUCCAGGCGAUCCGCACCCACUCGCCCUGCUCGCCCGCCCUCGUCUUCGUGUCCAGCCGACGCCAGACCAGGCUUACCGCACUCGACCUAAUCGCCUACCUGGCGGCGGAGGACAACCCGAAGCAGUGGCUGCACAUGAAGGAGUCCGAGAUGGAACAGGACCGAACCACUGUCGAGGAGCUAUUCGUCAACCAAAAGAUCCAGGUGCUUAUUUGCACGGCGACCCUGGCGUGGGGCGUGAACUUUCCCGCACACCUGGUGGUGAUCAAAGGAACCGAGUACUUCGACGGCAAGCAGAAGAGAUACGUUGAUAUGCCCAUCACUGACGUGCUGCAGAUGAUGGGCAGGGCUGGAAGGCCGCAGUUCGACAACGAAGGAGUCGCAGUGGUGUUGGUGCACGACCAAAAGAAGAACUUCUACAAGAAGUUCCUGUACGAGCCCUUCCCCGUUGAGUCCAGCCUGCUGGAGGUGUUGGCCGAUCACUUGAAUGCAGAAAUCGUUGCAGGCACCGUGCAGACGAAGCAGGACAUCCUGGACUAUCUCACCUGGACCUACUUCUUCCGUCGCCUGCUCAAGAACCCCUCCUACUACAACCUGGAGAGCUUGGAACCGCAGGACGUCAAUUACUACCUCUCGAGCCUGGUCCAAACCCGACUGGACGCUUUAUUGAACGCCAACUGCAUUGAAAUUGAAGAGGACGAACGGACAGUGCACAGCACGUGGAUGGGCCGCAUCGCGUCUUACUACUACCUAUCGCACAAGACGAUGGCACACUUCAGCUCGCGUCUGCACCCCAGCCUCGAUGCUGACGAGCUGCUGAGGGUGCUCGCCGAUGCCGAGGAGUAUGCGACCCUGCCCGUCAGGCACAACGAGGACGUGAUAAACGGGGAGCUAUCACAGCAGUGCCGACUGCCCGUGGACGCAUUGGCGCUGGACUCGUCGCACGUUAAAGCGCUUUUGCUGCUGCAGGCGCACAUGACGCGUCUCCCGCUGCCCAGCGCCGACUACCUCACCGACACGAAGUCCGUUCUCGACCAGGCGAUACGUAUCCUCCAGGCGAUGGUGGACACGUGCGCGGAGAGCGGCUGGCUGGCGGCCUGCCUCUCGUGCCAGCUGCUGAUGCAGUGCAUAGUGCAGGCGCGCUGGCCGGCCGACUCGCCGCUGACGGCGCUGCCCCACGUGGAGCCGCGCCACCUCCACCUCUUCUCGGCCCUGUGCCGGGACACGGGCAAGCCGUGCGUCCACCCCGACGGGCUGAAGGCGGCCUGCGCACGCUCCUACGAAACGCUCGCCAAACACCUCAGGCGAGAGUUCGAGGAGCCGCAAAUAGAGCAGAUACACCGGGUGAUUUGCGACCUUCCCACGCUCGACUUAAAGUUCUUUAUCCGCGGACUGUGGUUCGAUUGCGACUGCGAACAAGACAGGCGUAUGCCGCAGCCGCCCCCGAGGGACUUUUGGAUGCCGCUACACGCCGAACAGGAUUACACGCUGGUGAUAGAGAUGCAGAGGCGCGGCGGCAACCCGAACAACGUGUUCUGCCCCCGAUUCCCGCGCGGCAAAAACGAGGGCUGGUUCCUGACCCUCGGCAGCGUGGAGCGCGGCGAGCUCGUCGCCCUGAAGCGAGCCCCGCCGCAAGGGACGGCGCAACUGGCUUUCACCGCGCCCCCACAUCGAGGUCGCAUUAUAUACACAGUGUACAUAUUUAGUGACAGUUACUUGGGUCUAGAUCAACAGUAUGACCUAAAGUUUGAAGUUCUUGACCCAUUACCCCCACAGAGAGUUGAUAUUGUUUAUGAACCAGCUGAGAAGAUUAUAAUAGAA